UUCUUUCUUACUCUCUUUAUGGCUUUCCUCACUUUACAUAUUUAAUGAUAGAACUAUCAGAUUACGGAGUACGAGUUGUGGCCAGAGUCAACCUGGUCCUUACAUGGAUGGCAGUCCUUGUAUGCGUUCGAAAUGCAUUUGUAUGUUAUGGACAAUGGAAGCGAACACGAGGACUUAUACAUGUUGUGAACUUGGCGCAAGUGCUUGCUGUCCUCAUUCAUCGUACAGUCUAUGGAUUAUUACCCAUCUUCGAAGUUAUGUCCUGCGCGAUAUUCCCAUUUUUAGUAUCUAUGUGGCACAUUGCGUUUCUAUUGAUGUAUACUGUGAUGCUUCUACGAGUCCUGGUGAUUUGCGACUUCAAGUAUAAUAGAGCCAUCACCAUCAUCGCUUUGUGUCUCCUGUUAAUCCGGUUUGCUGACUGGCCGUUUGAGCUGGCAUAUCGAUCCAUUGUAAACAAAGUAUCUUCGCAAACCGCGACAGACGGACAGACUUGCUGGGCAAGCUGGGGCACUGGUGUGGUUAUUCUCAACUUUAUUGGAGACCUUCUUGCAAACCUCUUUUUAAGUGGACUAUUCCUUAUACGACUUUACCAACAUUACAAAACCCAGAAAGGCAUGACCACCACUCAAAACCCUCUCGUUGGCAUCGUUGUUCGAAAAUCACUACUCUGCUUCAUAUUGACUUUUAUUGUCAACCUGAUCAUGAAUAUUCUCAAAAUCAGCUUGUUUCUCGGAAACCAGAGCGAUGCCCUCACCGUUUUCUUCGAAAUCAUCGAAUCUACCCUUUUGGUCGAAGCACUUCGCUUCGAGCCGGAAAAAAUGGGACAUCAUGCAUAUUGUCAAAACUGCGGAAUGAUUGUUGAUAGCAGACAAUACCGCCACCGACAAAGCAACCACUACCUUAACGAACCACCUGCUCACCCUGAUAUGCUUCCCGACUUCCCUUUGGAUGUUAUCAACGGACUAUCACAGGAUAAGCGACGCAGUAGCGUUCCAUCCUUUUUGGAAGAGGGCAGUAUAACUGGCUUAUCUACCCCGAACCUCAGUGAAGGAUCCAGCACCCCUACAUUACCAUCACAAUGGAACAACAAUGCGGAUACGAAGCCUCAAUAGACUUCGCCUAUCUUGCAAGCACUAUUCUACCUCCAUGUUAUACCAACACAUAAUUUCAUCUCAUCGCCCGAUCAACGCCAUAGAUCUUUUGUAAUUUUUCCUAUUUAUACUCUAAACAUCAACUAUUUUGUAUUCAUGAAUCAAUCAAUCAUCUCAGAUU